CGCCCCCAGACCCCAGACCCACCGAUUUUAAUUUUAUUUUGCUUCUUGCAUCGCUACUCGCUCCACCACAAAAACAGUCGUUUUACAGAGAGAGAACCACCGCGUGUUUUGGUUGUACCGGACGUUUUGCCGGCAUCUUUAUAUUUACUUUUGUUUUUAUUUUAUUUAUCAACUCUUUAUUGCUAAAGUGCUGUUUGGAUUCAGUGUUGCAAAAUCAGAACUGUAGGUACUGUGUUUUCUUGUCCUUGGAAGCAAGAUCUAUAGUAUAAAGAGGGAUGGCUAUUUUGAAAUUGAUUUAACUUCAAUGCAAAGGAAUUUAUUAUAGCCCACCUCUCUAAUUAAAGUCCCGAUGAACCACAAGCUACUAAUUGACAUACCUACCUAAUGAAUAGUUAAACCAUCUUCUCAACAUGGAGCCACAACCCAUAGAGCCAUCACCUUGUGAACUCGCCCAGAAAUCAGUUGAGGCAUCAGGAAGCACAGAAUUCAAAUCACCAUUUGACGUAGAUUCAACAAUCCUUGAUGAGACUGAACCUGAACCAACCGAGUCAAUAGUCCACGGUUUUCUAAACGUUACCGUCAACACAACAGUUAUAGAAAGGCAAAUGGGAGACAUAGAAAAACACAUUGAAGCUACAGAUGUUGUAGAUGCAGCUGUAGACCAUAAGAAACAUUUUUGCGAAGGUAGCGAUAGUGGUGUAGAAGUUGUCGAUACUGUAGAGUAUCAUCGCACCUUAAGUUCGAAUAGUGGUGUCUCACAGGAUUGUGAUAAUGCUUGUGCAAGAUCCUGUGAUUCCUCUAUCAUCAGCUGUUGUUCAAACUAUGAGGAAGCGUAUAAUAUUUUGGUAAGGAAAAAUUCUACACUUCUAGAAGACUAUACCUUGAGAAAUGGUGAUGUGACUAGUGAAAAUGGCAGUGAAAGUUCUUCUUUGAGUGGUUCACAAGGACGAUGUAGACGCAGUAAUAUUUGUACGGCAAAGAAAAAACAAACAGGACUAAAUGAUGGAAAGAAAAGUUCUACAGCUGGAGCAAAGGACAGGUCUAGAUCCAAGCCACCAAUGACACCAGCCAAAAAUUCGACAACUCCUGCUUCAAGACUGAGAACUACUGAACGAUUACAAAACAAACCAACAAACACGUCAUCAAGAACGAAUUCUGCUUCCAGAAGUAAACCAGUACCUAACAACCUUGAACUCAAUAAAGCUACUCCUAAAACGCGUUCAUCCAGUCGUUCAAAUCAGCCAAAUAGCCUAACAUGCAGCUUAACUAAAUCAUCUACUCAGGCUACUCCUGUGGAAGAUGGAAGAUGGCCAUACAAUAGACAACCAUCCUCAAUGACUAGGUCUUUCAGAGGUACCAUUGAUCAAAAGCCCAAACUAUCACAAACUGACAGUAAAACUAUUGAGAAAUAUGCUACUUUGCCAAGAAGAAAAAAAGAGAAGGAAAUAAAAGACGAAAAGAAGACAAUAAAUAACUUGGCACUAGUACACAAAAAGCCCACUCCAUCCAAAAUGUUUAGCUCAUUUUUGCCAAAAUCAAAAGCCAAAACGAAAAUUUACCAUGAAAUAAAUAUCCAAACAGCCUUAACGAUGACAGACAUUGAAAAAGCCUUUGAAGGAGCCUUGGUCGCAGUCAAAGAUCCUGAAGAAACAGAUAAAUGUUCAAAAGAAAUUCAAGUAGAUAUGCGAGCUAGAGAUAUUGAAAAAUUAAAAGAGCAAUUGAAGAAUCUGACAGAAAAAUAUGACAAUUUGGUUAUGGAACACAAAGGACAGACUGAAAAAUUAAGAGAGACUGAAAAUAGGUUAAAGGAAGAACGAAUGGAGAAAGAUGGGUUAAGGGAAGAACUAAAUAAUAAUUCCCAGAGGGUUUUGGCCAUAUUAGGGCAAGCUGAAGAAGGUGAUAGUGAAUGUCAAGAAACAAGUACUUCCAAUAGCCUGCUAGUUUUAGAAACUCGUUUCCAAAACGUGAGCCAAGUGAUAAUUCAACAAGAAGAAGAAAUUGCUAGACUGAAUAAUUUUUGUCGUUCCUUCCAACUAGACUUAGAAAAAAGCCUAGCUGCACAAAAAACGCUUUUGCAACAGCACCAAGACUUGGAAGUAGAAAGUAUGGAAUUACAGGAGUUUUUGCAAGCAGAAAAAACAACUCUGACCGACGCUUUGAAAGAAACCGAGACUGAAAUUAAAAAAUACCAGCAAACGAUAUCCCAAAAAGACAAAGAUCUGAAUGAACGUCAAGAGGAAUGCAAGCAACUAGCCCGCCUCUGCGAGCAAAGACGUCUGGAAAAUUUGGGUUUGCAAGCCAGAAUUGGAAAUCUGGAAGCCAAAAGUAGGGAACUCCUGGUUCACCAAGGUAGUUCAGUUUCUGGAGCAUCUGUUGCUUUGGCAUCUUUGAUUGACAGACUCAAUGCUUUAGCUGAAGAACUGAUAGCAGCUUAUAGUAUAUCUGAGCAAGAAUUAGAGGAUGUGAUAUAUCACAACGAAGCAUAUAACCAGAGUUGCAGUAGCGUAGAAUCAACACCCGAAAAAUCGAGAAUAUUAAUUGAUCAAAAACCAUCGCCAAAUGGAAAGGGUUCGUCCUUUGUCUCAGCUGUUAUAAAUGCCAUAAAGAAUGCAGCAAGUGGCCGUGAUUUGAGCAGAAAAGACAGUUUUUAUGAUAGAAGCAGCUCAACCGAAAUGCUAGAUUCUGAAACUGAGCCUUGUCUGAUGAUGGAACAUGUAUUGGAGGAUGUUGUUAUCCCUGAUGGAUAUUCGCACAAUAUGAUAUCGUCUGGACAUGGUAGCAUGCUUAGUUCUAGACUCACGCACAGCGAAAGCCUUAAGGAUGUGUCAAAUAUUUAUUUCAGUCGACAACACUCAGAACCAACCAGCCUUAAUACAUCUUUUACUACUAGUGAUAUAUUUUCGUUGAGUGAAAUUUUUCCAGCAAUCUCACUUGUGGACCAAGUUAUCGAAGUGGAUAAUGUAAUUACACGGUUACUCAAAGUGAUAAGGAUCAUACAGAUUGAAAAUGAAGAUUGUAUGGGUGAACUACAAGAUCAAAGAGAUAGUUUAACUGAGCAAGUCGAUAAACAGAAAGAGACAAAUAAACUAGUUGUUAAGCAAUUAAAAGACUGGGAAAUAUUGGGUGCAAGACUGAAAACCGAAGUGAAAGAGCUGAUGAAUCAGUUAAGCCGGAAAAAUAAUGAAAUGGAUUCGAUCAAGUCUGAAUUAAAUAAACAGAGGGAAGAAGUUGAGAAAUUCAACCAAGAUGUUUGCGAUCUCUCCACUGCUUUAGCAAAGGCUGAACUAGAGAUGAGAGUUAAGGAAGAAGAAGUUGAACAUGAAAUCGAAAAGUUCCAGAAAACUGGGGCAGUUCCUUCACCUGAGGUCCUAGCAAGGGUAACUGUUUAUGGAAAUGAAAUUCCUGUCUUGAAAGAGAAAUUAGCUGAGAAAGAAAAGCGACUUAACGAAUUGAACCAAGAAUUUAUGGUGGGCAAGCAGGUCCUAACCGAAAGCAUGAAAGAAGCUGCGAAGGAGGCUAAAAGACAAUAUGAUGCCAUAGAUAGUGCUCUAGAGGUUUUACACAGUAUCCAAUCUGUCGUUCAACAAUGUCCGCCACUAUCCAAAUUGCAAAGGGAUCUUGAAGAAGUCAGCUUCCAAAGUGUAUCGUCAAUGCCGAUAAUAGCUCCUGGCGAUUGCAACGCUAACGCAGGGCUAAUUCAAGCAGUUUCCAAUAUAGAAAUAACCCCUACUAUCAAUACGACUGCUUAAAUUAGACCUAAAGAAAUAUUUUAUAGACAUGUUUGAAAAGAUAAAUUCGAGUUUCCAAAUAAUGAACACCAGAAAGUCUAUAGUUUCAAAAUUUGUGAAUUUGAAUAGGAGCUUGUCAUAAAAUUAUUAUAGCAUUUUUCUGUAUUAUAAGUGCAUUUGAAAUCAAAUAAAUUAUUACUUAGAUUUAUUCAUUGAAGGUUUGUGAAUUAUUGGAAAUUUUUAAUAAUGUUGAUGUAGGUGUAUUAUAAGCGCUUUCAGAAUUUUAAUUUUUUUUUUAAUUAACCAUAUUGUUUAUGGCCAUGUUUAUACGUUUUAGAUAGGUAAUAGAAGUUUAGUUUUAAUCAUAUUUCAUUUAUAAACAGCACAAAAGAAGAAAUUUUGCUCGUUGUUUCAGUUUGCUCACGAAAAAAGCACAAUUAAAUGACCAAAAAACUUUUUUACAAUCACAAUCGGAUCUCAAAUUUGACUAAAAUAAUGUUUAGAUACAAAUAAAUUUAAUGAAUUGUAAAAAAGUGAAAAUUCAUAUGAUAUCAUCAAUGAUCAAUCCAUUCUAAAUCAGUACCUACCAAAUCAAAUAUCUCUGACAAAAUUGCUUCUAGCAUAAAAUUUUAUAUACCAUAUAUAUUUUUUUUCGACAAGAACACUUACAUAGGUGUUUUUAAAUAUGACGAAACUUUUCCUUUUAGUUGCAAUAAAAUAAAAAAUAAUUAGGAACGGUUGUAAAUAUCGCAAAAUCGUAAUUCGUAGGUCAAUUUUAGUGUAGAGACCAAAUUCCCUUUCUAAGUCUGAUGUAAUAUGCCACUGUACGUCCACGUUAUUGUUAAGAAAAUGUUAUAAACCUUUAUUAUACAUUAUCCAGAUUUGCAAAAAUAUGGUUUGACAAUUUUUUGAGAAUUGUAAAAAUUCAAUAAAAUUGGAAACUGCUGAAUAAACCAUACAUUUAGCUUUGGCAGUUUUCAAUAACUUAGCUGUAUUGACAUUUUAAGUGAGUCUUAUGCCCCCUUUACACGGCGCGUGAACUGGCACUCCACACGCCGUGUGAAGGGUCUGGAGCGGCAAAUUUCGCGCCGCGCGUCUGUUCCCGUCGAUGUGCGGUAAAUUUGACACACUUCAAAGGAAACGCGCCGCGCGUGUUGGAGCGACUCGGGAAGUACAGUCACACGGCGCAUGGAGCGAACGGGAGCAGGAAGUUCACCAAUAACAAACAUUUUUUUGUAAUUUUUGAUAUUACUGGUAUAAAGAUGUUGUGGGAGAAGGCCUCAACACGCGGUGCCCGAACUUUAAUCGAGGGGCGCAAACUUGUCAAUUCACAGGCCGUCUGACUGCGACCACACUCCACGCGCUUGGCUUGCCAGUUCACACUUCACGCGCCAGGCGCGCCGCUCCAUACGUCUUGUAAUGCCCCCUUUAUUUGUUUCUUGAUAUAUGAACAGGCUGAAUACAAAUCAUUGGUGUACCGAGAAUGAACACAAAAACUUAAAUUCCCUUUUUCCUUUUCUCAAAAUAUUGUAUUCUGAAAUUAAUGUAUCACUGUGCUUAAUGAUUUAUUUAUAUAAAUUGUUGAAUUAUGGCCUACAUAAAUCUCAAUUCUCAAAAUUCUAGAUUAUGCUUUUUGAGAAAUAUCCACUAUACAGAAUUGCAUUUUAUUUUCAUUGAAUAAACCCAGCCAGUCUGCAAAUUUGUAAUGUUGUUCUUUUAUAUACAUACCUAUAUGUUAUUUAUUAUGUCAAUAAUUAUGAUUUAGCGAUUUAUUGAUGCUUUCAACAAAAUACAUAUUUUUAGAAUGUAUUAUAAUGCCGCC